AUGAAAAGAUUAAAUGGAAUUCAGCCCCAUAUACUAUGCUGUGCUGCUUGUAAACGUUUUUAUAUUUUAUCUGCAAAUGCCAUUGAUGAAUCACUGGGGAACAGCGUUAUCGAGAAACAUUUUGCAAGAUGUAAAAAAUGCUUGUAUCUCGAAAACGAAGGUUGGAUUAGGAGAGACCUAGAAGUAUACAAAAAGAUAUUAAAGCUUUUGAUCACCGAAGAAGAGAAAAAACCGACAGUUUCAAGCCUAAUCUAUAUUUUACAACCUUCUGAUAUUGGUCACUUGGUGGAAAAAAUCUGGAAAAAUCAAAGUUGUUUGAGUGGCACAGCAAAUGCAAAUGAUCUAGAAUUCAUUCGUUAUAAUAUUAACGAAGAUUGGGCACCGUGGAAUUGCAUGUUAGUUACAAGACAAGAAGCUGUUACUCUAAAACGAAUGCCAGAUAUUAAAAAAAAAUACGAUGCAGACUUCAAGAAAUGUGUAUUACAGAGGCAUGAAGUAGCAAAAAGUUACUUUUCCACCAUACCAAGAUUCUUGCCUUAUAUAUCAAAAUCAUUUCUGAAGAAUGCUUAGAUAUAGGACAAUUGUAGCAAAUUAAAAUAAAAAAACUGCCAGUAUUCA